UCAGACCUCUCUUCCGCUAUAUGAAGAACGACCUAGACAAAUUGGAGAUCAAAUGUGGUAAUUCGGACAAUGGAUGCAGUAUGAUAACCACUUUAGAAAACAUUGAUCGACACGAACACGAAUGCGGUUUCGGAAACGUGUCGUGCCCCAGUAUCGGUUGUAGCGUCGUUUUAGAACGACGAAAUCUCAACUCGCAUCUCGGAACUUGCGAAUUCCGCACUAAAGUCUGCCCCAGGGGUUGCGGACUCACUUUACUUACAAAGGAGGACGAAGAACACAACUGUAUCGGCGAACUCCGGACAGAACUCGAACUUCUACGAUCCGAAAUGAUAUGCAAAUUAGACGACCAGAACAAAGAGAUGCAGCUCCGACUGGAUUCUCAGCGAAGUCAUAUGGUGCAGAAGAGCAGCCACAUGCAACAGCAAAUCGACGAGUUAAGAGUUGAGAUGUAUGGUAAGUCUGCAAGAAGAGUCGGCGUAUGCUAAUCUACGGCUCAUUCGUGCCGAGUGAUGUGAACUUCAGAGAAGAAAAGUUUGAAAACUCUUCCAGUUGUGUUAUCUGUUCGUGAUGCAUUUUUUAUAAUUAAUCAAAAAACUUAAGAUGUGGCGAGUAUUUGUUUUGUUGAAAAGUCAAUGUCUCCCGAUUUUUGUAAUAAUUGUUAUUUUGUAUAUUGUAAGCAUUCCGAGUAGUUGAUUAGGACGAUGGCAAGGCAUAUUAAUUGACACACAGCUUAUCGUUAAAAAGUUGUUUAUUUGCCUUUAUUUUCAUAUUUUCAUAUUUUCAGAGAUUAACUCCUUCAUAUGGUCAAAAUAAGAUUUUAAGAUGUCGCUUUCUGUAUACGUUGCCAUUAUUAUUCGGAACAUUAUGAAAUAGGCGUUAUUUUGAAAUUGUCUUGGACUUACUCGAAGCAUCACAAACUUUACAGUUAUCCCUCCCGCCCUUACUGAUAUAAAUAGUAGAGCAAGGUCUUCGCCUAACAAUCAGACAAUUCAUUUCGGUGUAAUGAUUUGUAAUAAUGCCGUCUGACUUAUCUCUUACAUUGGUAUGCACGGCAACAAUUUCAUGAUAGUAACAUUUUCACAGAGUACACUAUAUAGUCUGCAAUUUCCAAGGCCAUGUGACAUUUGAUCAAUAAGUCUAACCACACCUGUAACACUGGUAAUAAAAACCAACUCGACAACAAAUUGGCCAGAGUUUUGUUGUUGUUAGAAACACAGGCAGCUCACUAAGGAGAUCCCCAUACCAGUUCAACAACUAUUUUCCCAUUGUUAGCAACAAGUGGGGUAGCUUAUUAGCUUAUUUGCGUCACUAUUGUUUUCGGUAGUUUUAUUACCACCGUUAAAUAGUACUCGACCUAAGGAACCCGCCUUACCUUCCUGGCCUGCAUAUUUGAAGUCUUCCUCGACAGCGCCACCUACAGUUAAA